UUUUUCUCAGCUCGUAAAAGCUAUUGAAGCACAGUUAAGGCAAGUGGCAUGAGACAUUCCAGCUAUCCGUCAAUCAUUUUUUACAAUGUUUGUGGAAGGGAUACGACGUUGCAGGUUAAAAAGCUGUAAACCUACAAGAGAAAAUUCCUCCGCUCAGCGCGCCAUUGACUGCAUAGACCUUUCAACUUAUUAAAGGCUGCAAUUGACGAACGUUUUCGUUUCACGAAAUCCUUUGCAAAAAGUGAUUUGUGCCUCUAAUCUCCAAAGGAUUUGGCUGCGCAACGAGUUUAGAUGUGGGGGUGGCGAAGUUACCUCGUUGAAACAAGGACUACCACUGAUAAAAAAAAAAGACGGCUCUACACAGAUCUCUGUAUUGUAAACUGGAUUUGCGACCUUAAACGAGAUAGUUUUCUAACUUGUUCGCCGGGAACACAAUCAUGGAUAAGUAUGAGGAGGAUAUCGGAUUGAAAGCGAGUAAAUUCAUAGAGAACCUUUCUGUGUACGAAGCUUGCAAAGAUGGACUUUACAGCGGGAGAAGGGACGUGCUGAUUAACCCCGAUUUGGAUUUAGCUGGACAGAUGAUUACGAACCACAAAAGUAAAGCAGCGAAUGGCAACGCACAGCAGCAGUUCCGCCAGCAGCAGUACUCAGGCGAAAAUUACCAGGCUGGGAAUAAAGUUUACAACGCGCCCCCUUUGCGCCCAGUCAACGGCAACAGGGAUGCUCCCUCGGAUAUUUGCAACCCACAAAGAGAGAUGGUUUAUUGUGAAGAUGGCCAUUGCACCAAAUCUGAAGUUGCCUUGCCGUGCUACAGCGGGAUUUCCGAGAGGAACCGGAGGUAUUCUUUAGAGGCGCAGAGCCAUAGGUACAGCACGGAUAGUGCAUAUGACGGAGCGGUCGUGAACAAGCAAGGAUCCUUAUCUGUCUACCCAAGCUCGGUCACCAGGAGCAACAAUGUGUGCGUCAGUACCAGUCAAGACGGCAGGUACAAUGCCACCAGCCCCAGGUCUAGCCUGUCUUCUUCCAUGUCUUCCCAAGAGCAAAGCAAGCACACAAGCCCCAGAUCGAGCUUGGUGGUACCCGGGCAGGACAGAUACACCAGCCCCCGAUCAAGCCUAGUGCAAUACGACCCGAGCAGUAUGCUGAGCCCCCGGUCUAGUUAUGCAAGCACUGUCAGUGAUACCAGCAAGCAUUCCAGUCCCCGGGCCAGCUUGAAUAGCUACGAUUGCGGGAGCAAGCCCAGCAGUAACCGCACCAGUGGCAUCAGUAUGGGGUAUGACCAACGGCACAUCAGCCCUAGAUCAAGCACUGCAAGUCAGUACUCGUGCACCCCGAGUCCGAGGUCCAGUUACUCGGAUUCGCGUUAUGUGUCAUCUGGGAACACCGAGCACGAGGGCACAAUCGUGCAUGGCGUUCCAGUGGUCAGCCCCCGUGCGAGCAUUUGCAGCCAGGAAGGCAGCAACAGACCCGGGGUAGCCAGCAACUGCAACCCGUGUGUGAUUAGCCCACGGUCCAGCAUCUCUAGCCACAGCUCCAAAAGCUCCCGGAGUUCGAGGGGCUCCAUGACCGCUUACCCAGACCUUCAGCAGCUCUCGCCCAGGUCGUCCAUCCUGGGUCCGGGUUUGCAGGAGGAAUCGGUGGUGAAUGAUUUCGGAGAUAGCAGGAUCUAUCCCCAGUUGUUCCCAGCAAGGCAUGCGCAGCAGCCGUCUCAGGUCGGAUUAAACACAGACGCCGCAGCGAGUGUUCCGGCACCUUUUAACUACUGCAGCCCCGCGAGAACCUCGGCCCCGGCGCAAAAGUUUAAGCUGCCUUACCAAGUCACCCCAUCCCGGGAAAGUGGCCCAAGCCAGGCAGAAAGAAGACUAGAAGCCCUAACAUUGGAACUGGAGAAGGAGUUGGAGAUGCACAUGAAAAAGGAAUAUUUUGGAAUCUGUAUAAAGUGUGGGAAGGGGGUGUAUGGAGCAAGUCAGGCCUGCCAGGCAAUGGGUAACCUCUAUCACACCAACUGCUUCAUCUGCUGCUCCUGCGGGCGAAGGUUAAGAGGAAAGGCAUUCUACAAUGUCAAUGGUAAAGUUUACUGUGAAGAAGAUUUCUUGUAUUCCGGGUUCCAGCAAACAGCAGACAAGUGCUUUGUGUGUGGCCACCUCAUAAUGGAGACGAUUCUGCAGGCCCUAGGGAAGGCCUACCACCCUGGCUGUUUCCGCUGUGUGGUCUGUAACGAGGGCUUAGACGGGGUCCCUUUCACAGUCGACAUGGAGAACAACAUCUACUGCGUCAAGGACUAUCACACAGUUUUCGCACCCAAGUGCGCGUCGUGUAACCAGCCCAUCCUGCCUGCACAGGGUUCUGAGGAAACAAUCCGGGUGGUGUCAAUGGAUAGAGACUAUCACGUGGAAUGCUAUCACUGUGAGGACUGCGGGCUCCAGCUGAACGAUGAGGAGGGUCACCGCUGCUACCCCUUGGACGGCCACCUCCUCUGCCAUGGCUGUCACAUCCGCCGCCUCAAGAUCCAGGUGCCGCCCCACCCUCCCCCCGGCUACCCCAUGCACGUCACCGAACUGUGAGACCACGAGACCCUGAGGAGACAGCAGAAGGGUGAUGAGAGGAGUGUAAUGUAGAACAGCCACCCGGCAGGAUUGUUGCAGAGGAAUGAAUGCAAGCGAUGAACCUGCGCUUCUGUUUGUGUCUGCUGUAGGCUGGAGCACUUUGUAAUAAAGCGUGAGGAGCCACAUGUUGAGUAGAGCGGCCCUGGUUAGGCUACUACUCGGCAGCUGUGUUCGGCGGUAACUCACUUAUGAGCAGCAUUUGGGGGAAGGUCUCAUUCUUCAGAAACCUUUUCUUUUCGUAGUUGCAGUACACAAAUGAUUGAACUUACAGCCAUCGACGCACGUGAGCAGCAAGGCCUGCCUCAAACGGACACACUUCCCUGAGAAGAAAGGGAAUUCUUAUCACCGAAGGCCUCUGAGCCAGGAGGAAAGGCUGCACUUGUGUGUAACCAAAAACGGAUGCACAACUUCGGAAAGCCACACAGAGACAGCUGCUGGAGCGACCGCUGACAAUUCAAAGUGGACGCUGUUCCAGAAUCUCUGCACUUAUAAAAACUGCUCAUCAUUCCCUGCUUCUGCAAAAACACUGUAAGACUGCAACAUCACAUUGGCUAUGCAAGGAAACUCUUGUAUGCAAUUUUGCAUUAUUUCACUGUUAACCCAAUAAUGGUUUGUUUUAUUAUUUUUUUAUCCUACAAGGGGCCAUGAUUUUUUUUUAUUAUUUGCAGUUGACUAUACAUUGUUAGAGCACUGUUUUUGUAUUAAUUGCAGUUGACAUGUCUUCAGCAAACCAAUAGCAUUUGUGUCCUACAAGAUUUACUGGCAAUGUCUUAAUGAUAUAACAAGUAUUAGAUAUAUGUAGCUUGUAUGUACAGUUGUUUUUAUAUUGGGCAGAACUUUCACCGGCGACCUUAAUUUUAUAAUUUUUUUGGGCAGAGGGGGGAGGAAUACAUAGAUCUUACAUAGCUAGAAACAGUUAUUUUAUAUUGUUGCUAUUUGUUAUCUUAAAACUACUGUAUGAUGAGGGUGUUGCGGAUAUAGAGAUGUUUUUCUUUGUGCACCACUGAAACGUCUAACAGAACUUGCAAUUUGUGAUCACCAGAUCCCAUCACUGUCUCAUUGGGGGGCAUUACAGUGUUAAACGUGUUUGUUCUUUAGACGCUGUCUGCUGUUUUCAAAGACUUAUUUUCUGUUCUGAGAGUGUAUGCUGUGCCAACUCCAUAAUCGUUCAGUGAAAUCAAAUGCACUGCUGUUUCAAAGGCACAUUGUUCCCCCCUUCCUCCUUAUCAGCAUCUUCUAGUGACAGCUAGUUAACAACUAAACAAAUGUGUCUGCUUUCAUCAAUACCCUCUGAUCUGGGUUCUGAUCUCAUGUUACCUGCAGUAAGAGGCCAGCCCAGUGCGUCUUCAGGGUUCAUUCAGGCCUUGUACCUAGAACAAACAAACUAACUCCAGUAAAUCUCAACCAAUAUUACUAUAGUUUUCUUGUAUAAAAAAUGCACACAUUACUCCUUCUGGAUAUUUCAAUGCAGCACUUCAGCUGUGUCCCAUUCUACAAGUCACACGAAGGAACGUAGAAGGAUUGAAAUCAUUCACUGUUGCUUCUUGGAGUUUUGACAGAACCUCAUGCUUUCUGUGAUCCUUCAAGUGAUCUCUUGAAGUAGAAUACUGCAAGGUGGUCAAAGUGUAGCACUGAAGUUUUGAAGGAACGGUGUCUAAAUUUUAGUUCAUUAGUAGCCAUCAUACUGUAAUGUGUUAAUGUUUUUGUAACAGAAAAUGUGAGACCCAGGGUUAGCGCUGUGUACUUUAAGGCUGCAGAAACACAUUACUGGUGGAUCCAAGUGCUGACCACAAACCCAUGCUACAGUAGAACUUGGAAACGACUGCUAGAAUCUAUUCCAACCUUGAACAGGUUCGUUUUCGGUCACUGCAUUUUUGGAAUGAUUUAAAAAGUGAAUUUAAGUAUAAAAACUGCUGAAGGACAGGAACGGUAAAAUUAAAAAAUGAAAUGACACGCUAUGGAAAGCUGUAAAGUUUCGCUUCUGAAAACUACAUGGGUUCCAAAGUCAUAAGGCUGAAAUUCAUUCUCUUUCAUUUGGGUUUUUAUUCGUCACUGGGUGUCUCCAAGUUAUUUCACUAUUUAAAUGUUUUUAUUUAAAAGUGAAGGCUUUUCGCAACAUUACAAAACCUGCAAAGAAAAAUCAUUCUGUUACUAUGUAUAAUUAAAUCUCUGGGGCCAGUUGUACUAAACGGAUCCGAUCCUGGAUCCAGGCUCCGAUCUUGAUCCUAUGACACAUUGGGUUGCACUAAAAGUGUCAGAGCUGACCUUGAGCUCAGUUUUGUCUCAAAAUCUGAUCCUAUUUUGGUUCAGUCCAAGAUCAGAGUGCGAUCAGAGCUUCAUUGAACGUUUUAUAAAUGGAGAAAUUUAAUAUUUUUAGUUUUGAACAAAGAAAUAAACAAAAUAAUGUAAUCCUCCAUUUAAAACUCAGCUCUGAUCCCAAUCUGAUCCUGCUCUAUGGUUGAUGGUUGUGAAUUAAACGAAUGAAACUAAUAUUAAACAACGGAGAUGUUUGAUAUACACCAUCAUAAUACGUAAAGGAAACUCUUUACAAGUAAUCUUUAAAUAAGCACACUGUUUAGAUAAUUGAUUGACAUAACGGUAGCUUAAUAAACUUUUCAGAUAUUUGCAGGAUUUCACAAAAUAUUUCCUUCCAAUUUAUUAUAUGAAAACGGAGAUGUUUUAAUGUUUUAGAAAACAUUAACGUUAUCUAAGUAGCGGUGCAUUUAAAAGUAGCCAUAAAUUCUAUAUUAAGAAAAUAUCGCUAUAUAGAAAACCCUCGGUCAGGUGUAUAAUAUAUCAUGGCCUAAUACAGUAGACCUGACUGAGUGACGAAGCCUCAUAACUAUAUAUUAUUACACAUGUUUUGUGUGUUGACAAAGUCAUACUGCCGUUGUCAUUCUAUCAAUUACAAUGAAAUCAUUGGUUUAAUCAGAUUGAACACUUUUUUUUUGGUUUUGAUUUUUAUGUUUUUUUAUUAAUGAGCUUACCUUCUCUGACAGCUCCCCCUGUCCGCAACAUUUUUCUAGUGGCAGCUAUCAUCAGCCCUUGAUUCAAUUUGCUCAAAAUGUGUUGAUAAUUUGCCCUGGACCGAUGCUGCAGCUAGCUGUUUGUGUGUUUGGUGGCUAACUUUCCGCUGUAAAGAAUACAGCAUUGUGAGUGAAUCCAUCAGAUAAUGCACAAGACCGUGAACGGUAACAUUUAUUAAACUUUAAAAACAAGAAGAAAAUAUUAACGUACUCGGUCUGUUUUAUAGAAGCGUUGGAUUUACAUUAAAUGUACUAUUCUGACAUUAAUAAUCUUUAAACGCUGCAGCAUGAAAAUUCGCUUCUCAUUGGUCAGUUUCCCUAGUUACAGCAUGCGCAGCGCCAGAAUCGGAUCAGUGGAACCUGCUCAUGAUCCGUUUAGUAAAACGCCUUUCAAUGCACAGAGGUCUUGUAAUUAUUUGCCAUUGAUAUGGGAAUAUCACAUCAACAGUUACACAGUAAUUGUAUUAUCCAUGUAUGAUUUUACAAACUCACUCUGGUCUCCAUUAAUUCAGAGGUUUUACUGUAUUGUGAAAAUUAUUUUAAAAAGGCUUCAAUUGUUUGCCUUUGUAUAGUUUAGUAUUUUGAGGAGGAAAGGUGUUUGUUUCAUCAUGAAAGGCCAAUAUUUACAUUGAAUAAAAAUCACACAAUACCAGUGAGUCAAAAGGAAGGAAUGAAAAAAGCAUAAAUGUCUGAGAAAGAGAGCUGACCAUUAAGCACAAGUUCCAUAUGCAUUCCAAGAUAUGUUUAUAUAUAUAUAUAUAUAUAUAUAUAUAUAUAUAUAUAUAUAUAUAUAUAUA